GCUAGACAUGUCCCAGAGGCGAACCCGGUCCGGAGGGGCCGCCCAGUGCUCCGGGCCCAGCGCCCCAACUUCCACUCAGUCUCUAAGGAGGUCCCAGCGGAAAUCAGGCUCUGAUCUCCCAAGCAUGCUCCCGGAAAUCUGGCCUGAGGCACCCCAGGCGGCUCCAGUCAGAAAGCCCAUCGUCUUGAAGAAGAUCGUGGCCCGUACUGUAGAGAUGCCGUCUGUUCAUUCGCCUCGAAGGAGCCCCCGGAUCGCUGUUUUUUUGGAUAAAGAAAACAACCCUCCUAGCAAGGAGCCUACUCGGCAGGACCUCUUCCAGACAUGCAGCGUCCCUGUCACCUCCGCCUCCACUCCUGUGCUGUGCUCCCUGAAUGUUGAGUCCGACUCCGGGGAAGGAGACCUGGACGCCAGAGACUUGGAAAUGUCAAAAAAAGUCAGGCGAUCCUACAGCCGCCUGGAGACUCUUGGCUCUGCCUCCACCUCCACCCCAGGCCGCCGGUCCUGCUUUGGCUUUGAGGGGCUGCUGGCGACAGAAGACUUGGCUGGAGUCUCGCCUGUGGUGGGUUCAAAGUUGACUGAGGUCCCCAGGGUCCCUGUGAAGCCCUGGGCCCCAGACACGACUCUCCCUGGAAUCUCUCCCCCGGCCGUGAAAGAGAAACGAAAGAAGAGGAAGGUGCCGGAGAUCUUGAAAUCGGAGCUGGAUGAGUGGGCCGCGGCCAUGAAUGCUGAGUUUGAAGCUGCUGAGCAGUUUGAUCUCCUGGUUGAAUGAGAUGAAGUGGGGGUGUCCCUGGCCAGACUCCCCUCCUCCCCCUGUACAUAGUCCCCUCUCCCUGUGGAGAAGACACUUGGGGUCCCCUCCCCUGGUCUCGUUACCUGUGCAUGGGCUGUUCUGCACAUGAGGCCUGUCCUCAAAGGGUUGGCUCGGUGGCAGCAGCUGUUUCAGCUUGAGGAAACGGGGCCCACCUGGCCCAGCCCCACACGGGUGUUCUGUCUGUAGUCAGUCACCUACCAUCCUUUCCCCACUACGUCCCAGAGUAUCCCAGCUGGCUUCCAGUCGGGCCUCAGACUAGGGAGUAGGAGUCACUGGCCCAGCCAGAAGAGGUUAAAGGGCUGGGGGC